AGUCUAGCCGCAUAUUCCGGUGUGCCGUACUUCUUCCUGGUUAUAACACAUUCGAUUUCAGAGCAUCAAAAUGUCUGGACUUCUGCGGGGAAUCGCUCGGAUCCGCACCGUUCCGGUUCUGCGGGGAUCAACCGUCACCCAGCGAGCCAAUAUUGUUACGCGCCCGGCCAAGGAUAAGUUUGGGCCCGCUGAGACAAUAAUUGGUCUGACCGUAUUUUCUUUUACCAUCCUGGGACCAUCUGGGUGGGUUCUGGCCAACCUGGAAAACUACAAAAAGAAGGGAACUGCUGAGUCUGAGUGAUCCACCGGUCAUGGACUGAAAGCAGUUUGUCUGGUUUUAUUGCUCUUAACAUCUUGGGACCACCAUCUCACAGACCUCCAGUUUACCUAAACACGGGAACCAUUUCUCUCCUUAGAACCACACUGCGACCUCUCCAUGCAACCGUUUACUUUCCUCCAAACACUCCGGUCUUUGUUAGACUGAGCUGUGUGCUUUUUUGUUACCAACUGUGUAAUAACAUGUAACUCAUUAUUAAUUUCUCCUUAACUGGAGCUGUUACAUUUAAAAUAAACACUUAUUUUAAUCUUAA